GCAUGCUCGCUCGCUCGCUCCGUCCCUCGCUGCCUCACUGCCUCACUGCCUCACUUGUACGCCCGCUCCCCUCCCCUGCCCCGGAACCCCACACACAUUGUCUUCUGUUUGGCACUGCCUUCCUUGCCCUCCUUUUCUUUGACCCUCCCACCUCCGCUGGAUCAUUCCCUCCUCCUCCGCCCUGCCCCUCUGGGUUUAGGGUUUAUCUCUGCGGUGGUCAUGUCCUCCUCGCCUCGUUCCACCUGCUGAUCGCCCGCUGCGUCCCUCGCCGCUCCCCGCUUCCGACCCCUUCCACCUCCCUCUCGCCCAUUCCUCCACCAUGGGCGCCGUUUUCGCCAAAUCGGAUUCCCCCUCCCCUGAUCGUUCCCCUUCUCCUGACUGGCUCAAUUUGCCCUGCCCCGUCAAAUAUGAUGAAAUCCAGCGCGAGAACAUUAUGUCCCUUAAGCCGGAGCUGUUCGAGGGCCUUCGAUUCGACUUCACAAAGCCACUCAAUCAACGGUUUUCACUAAGUCACAGUUUGUUUAUGGGCUCAGUGGAGGUGCCAUCCCAAGGGGCGCAGAUCAUCAAAGUUCCAGCGGCUCAUUAUGAGUUCGGAGCAAACCUUAUCGACCAACGGAUGAUGAUGCUUAUUGGGCGUAUUUUGACGGACGGUCGUAUGAGCGCUCGAAUCAAGUAUGACUUCACCGAUAGAUUUUCAGUAAAAGUGAACGCGCAGCUUACAAAUGAACCGCACUUUUCACAAGGAAUGUUCCAUUUCGACUACAGGGGGAAAGAUUAUCAGACUCAAUUACAGCUAGGCAACAAUGCUUUUUACGGGUUCAAUUAUAUUCAGAGUGUAACGCCAACAGUGGCUCUGGGAGGUGAAGUGUUUUGGUUGGGCCAUCAGCGGAAGUCGGGCAUUGGAUUUGCUGGCCGAUACAACACAGACAAAGUGGUGGCAACGGGGCAAUUUGCAAGCACUGGCAUCGUUUCGUUGACCUAUGUUCAACGAGUGUCAGACAAGGUAUCUUUGGCAUCGGAUUUCUUGUAUAACUGGAAUUCAAAGGAGGCAACCACUAGUGUUGGAUACGACUACCUCCUUCGUCAGUGCCGUUUGAGGGGAAGGUUGGACACAAAUGGUUGUAUCGCAGCUUAUCUUGAGGAGAGACUUAACCUUGGUGUCAAUUUCUUGCUUUCUGCGGAGAUCGAUCACUGGAAAAAGGACUACAAGUUUGGGUUCGGCAUGACUGUGGGCGAAUAAGACUAUGAUGUAGGGUUAGGAAGGCACUGAGGUUAUGAUCAUUGUUUGAACCCAUAUGCAUCUCUUCGGGAAGUGAAGUGAAAGUAUUGAACUGUCAUUUCUGUCGCCUUGCUCUAAUUUUCAGAGUGAGCGAUGGCAAUUUUAUUGAUUGGUCCUCCUCCUCUGGGGAUGGUGCCCACUUUUACACCAUCAAAGCUGAUCCUAAUUUGCUGUUGCAAUGUCGAAAGGUGCUGGAAACACCCCUUUGGACUCUGAACUGAUUGACGAGGAACAGUGAAUGUUAUUGUAAGGAGAUUGAACUGCUUCUGCUUCUUGUUCUCGAGUAUAUGACUUCAUCAGGGUAGAAGCGACACAAUUGGGUUGCACCUCCACGGUAUUUUUUCACUUGGCUAGGAGGUUUGUGCAACUUACUUGGUUGGGCAUGUUAGCGGUAGGUUAAUAGUGAACACUACAUAGAUUAUCGUAGGAGUUGGGAGCUGAAGUUUUUAUAAUUUGAAGUUGGACGUUAUAAUC